GCUGGAACGGCCUGUCCGUCCGCACUGACGUUGACGUUGUGACGUCACCGUGGGAGUGUCCACCACCGGGGAGAAUUGAACGGUCAUCCACACAAUUCCACGAGCGCUCGUAAGUUAAAACCCAACGAAAAACAGCCAAACCAAGCGGGGCGCGUUUACGGUCUGAAUGGCGAGGGGGGCUUUCUUCUGGCGCUGUUCAUGAUGGGAUGUCGGACUCGGGUGGCGGUGACGCGUUUCCUGGCUGUCCGCCUUUUCGCCUGUAGCUAACCAGGACUGGGGCGAUGUUUUUUAGCUAGAGCUUAGCCAACCUGCUAAUUCUGACAGCAGUAAGCUGCUUCUCCACCCAGAUCUUCCCGGUUGAGUCACUAGCCUUUUAAACGGUGGGGAGAAGAGAAAAAUUAACAAAAAUAAACCUGACAAAUUAAGUUCAACUUGAAGGACAACACUCGGCGCAAUGGUUUAUUUAUGGGAAUGCAUGUGUUUGCAAACUUUCCAUGGAAUCCCGUGACUGAAAUUGACCUUUUUAAAUUGGAAAUUUUACCCCGACAACGUAUUUUUGGAUAUUUUCUGGGAUUAUUCAUCAUUUUGUGAGGGUGGAAGGAUCACCACCAAUCUGCUGUGGAUGGCCACAUCUAAAGCCUGACCGGAGCUGGGAGUCAGAAGCAAACAGGUUGGACUCAUGACAAGCAUGACAUUGAGCCAGGCCACAGAUGCAUGCCCACUCAAAAGGUCCGACUGAGCGCCCAGCCCUCCGCUUCCCCGGCUUUCACCCUGCCUCCCGGGGGGGUGACGGCGGGGCGUAGCUAGCUUCCUGCACCCCUAAGUAGAAACUGGCUGUGAAGCUGGAGGUCUCUGAUGGAUCAGGGUAGUAGUGAGCAGAGUCCAGAGGAGCCGGACUCAGCGGGCCGAGCGGAGCUGGAGGUUGGCAGGAGGGCGUCGGAGUCGGAGCACGGCUUGUCCAAAAUCACCCAUAAUGCCCUGGAAAACAUGGGAGCACUUGGUCACGGUUUGAAGCAGCUCUUCCAACCCCAGCGCCGGCGCUCCUCAGUUUCUCCGCACGAGUCCGCCUCGACCCUCGCAGGCGCCCUACCCUCUGAGCCCGCAGACGUAGGGCCAGAUGUAGGCGACACGCCCGCCUCCUCGGGCCUCCCUCCGGAUUCUGACUGCCCUGCCACUUCCGCUCCUCCUGCAGCUCUGAGUCGCGUUCUGCAGCAGAUCAGAGGCCCACCGAUGAUGAAGCGAGGCACCAGCCUGCAGAGCCGCCGCAGCAAGUCCGGGGUGAGCGGGGACCCUCCUCCCAAAGGAAGCCCGCAGAUUCACCGGCGGAGCACUCAUGAAGCACUUCUGCAGGCUGGGCGCCCACGCUCCUCCUCCACCACGGAUACACCCAGCUGCCCCGCUCUGGUGGACAUACUAACAACCUCCGGAUACCACUCCACUGAAGAGCCUGACAAGGUGGAUCGGUAUGACGGAUCAGGCCCUGCUGUGUCGCCAAAUGCCCUCCCUUAUGGGGCAGACGGUUAUGAUGCUGUUGACGGCACCCCAGACCCCCAGCGCACCAAACAGGCCAUAGCUCAGCUGCAGCAGAAGAUUCUCAAGCUGACAGAACAAAUCAAGAUCGAACAAACUGCUCGCGACGACAAUGUGGCCGAAUACCUGAAACUGGCCAACAACGCAGACAAACAGCAGAGUGCACGCAUCAAACAGGUGUUUGAGAAGAAGAACCAAAAGUCGGCUCAGACUAUCCAGCAACUGCAGAGGAAGCUGGAGCACUACCACAGGAAGCUCCGUGAGGUCGAGCACAACGGCAUCCCUCGACAACCCAAAGAUGUUUUUCGAGAUAUGCACCAAGGACUGAAAGAUGUUGGAGCGAAGGUCACAGGGGGUUUGUCAAGCUUUUCACAAGCGACUCACUCGGCCGCUGGAGCUGUGGUCUCCAAACCCAGAGAAAUCGCCUCCCUGCUCCGCAACAAGUUUGGGAGUGCUGAUAACAUUGCAGCUCUGAAGGACUCUUUGGAUGAAACCCAGGGAGACGAGGGCGUCGGGCCUGGGGCAUCACGGAACCUCGGGACCGGACAAUUACAAUCCAGCCCAAAGUACGGCAGCGAGGAUGACUGUUCCAGUGCGACGUCCGGUUCUGCAGGAGCCAACAGCACCCCCGGAGCACCUGGAGGUCCUCCCAGCUCCAGGGUCAACACUCUGGACCAAGCCCAAGCCUCAGGCUUUGAUGUCGUCCUCCACGAGAUCCAGGAGCUCCGGGAAAACCAAAGCCGACUGGAGGAAUCUUUUGACAACCUGAAAGCCCACUACCAGCGAGAUUACACGAUGAUCCUGGAGGCCCUGCAGGAAGAGCGGUACAGGUGUGAACGCUUAGAAGAACAACUAAAUGACCUGACGGAGCUGCACCAGAAUGAAAUUCUAAACCUAAAACAAGAACUCGCCAGCAUGGAGGAAAAGAUCGCCUACCAGUCUUAUGAAAGAGCCAGAGACACGCAGGAGGCACUGGAGGCUUGCCAGACGCGCAUCUCCAAGAUGGAACUGCAGCAGCAGCAGCAGCAGGUGGUGCAGCUGGAGGGGUUGGAAAACGCCACGGCGCGGACUCUCCUCGGAAAGCUGAUCAACGUGCUGCUGGCCGUGAUGGCCGUGCUUCUGGUGUUCGUGUCCACCGUGGCCAACUGCGUCGUUCCCUUGAUGAAAACGCGCAGCCGCACCUUCUCCACGCUCCUCCUGGUGAUCCUGCUCGCCUUCCUCUGGAGACACUGGGAGGCCAUUUCCGAGUACUUUCAUCGCUUUCUGCUGCACCCCAGAUGACCGGCUCAGAGAGGAACGUGAGGGAGGAGCAGAAGGAAGCCAGCGCGCGGUUUCCCUCCUUACCCGUGUCUGACAUUCAUUUGGAGAAUAAACAGAGCGAGGCUGAAUGUUUGGAGGAAACUUUGUGUCUUACGUGCAAUGGUGGCGCCAGCACACGCUGCAGGAAUCAGUGGAGGGACUUGAAGGAUGCCCGGAGAGAACUGCACAAUUGAUUUCUCUCUUCUGAGUGAAUUUGUUUACACGAGGAAAAUUGUAUUAUUUCUUCAGAGGAAAUUAGUUCUAUUACUUUAUGAUGAUUUCAGUGGUAUUUUGAAAGUCACUGCUAUUUUAAUACAGCUGUUUUUUAAAUGGUCUUUAACAGUGAUGAGCUGACAGUGUUCUUAAGAUUUUUUUAUCCAUGUUCCUUUCUUUCUCAAGCUUCCUCACUAUCUUUGUGUCUUGAAUUUCUUUCGGCCUGCUUCUGCCCUUUAGUCCGUUUUUCUGAGCUCGGGUGACCAAGUACGACUCUGUGCGCUCGCCGUACCUGCAGGUUGUGGUGCCUCCGCGUCAGCGUCCUUCUUCUGGAGUCACACUGGAUCAAAAAGUUGUGCAUUUGGGACUGUUUUAUCUGGAUGUGGUGAGUCAAUAACACUGGUUCUGCCACAGCUGCGGUUCCACUAUCAAAGGUGUGCGUUUGGAGUUGCGCCCCGCCAACUGGCUGCUACGUCUAAAGCUCUUUAUUUGCAGAGAAACUGAAUGAACAUACUUGAAGAGCCGCUAAUGUGCUCACAGACUCAGUGCUUCCGUACUGUUUCUACUAGUGACAAUGAAACAGAAAUCCUUAUUGGUUUAUUUUUUGUUUACUUUUGAAAUGAUGAAUAAAUUUCAUGUUUUUGAAAGCUGAA